AUGGCUUCGAUCGCAGCCAGCAGAUUGCCGGCGCCAACCACCUCCGGCCAGACCGAUACCACUUCGUCGCAUCCUUAUACCUGCAACACCUGUCAGGUGGCGUUCAGGAACAGCGAACUACAGCGAGGGCACAUGCGCUGCGACUGGCACCGGUACAACCUCAAGCGUCGUGUCACUUCCCUGCCGCCCAUCUCGUCCGAAACGUUCACCGAGAAGGUUCUUCAAGCCCAAGCCUCGUCCACAGCCGCCGCCAACAAGGCUUCCUACGAGAAGAAUUGCACCGUUUGCGCCCGCACCUAUUUCAGCAAGAACGCCUUCGAAAAUCAUGUUGGGAGCCAGAAGCAUAGAGCCAGGCUGGCUGCCGCAGAGGGAACCACGAUCGAUGACGCGAGUUCGGUGAUGAGCUCAACCUUUUCGCUCGGAGAGCCGACAAACGUUGAGGCGGGCAUAGAUUCAGAUGCGGAGGAGGAGUUUAAUAAGGUCGUUGAGGGGAUUCAGAAGGCCAGCUUGAAGGAACCCGGACCAACUGGCCGCCCAACACGACCACACCCCUCAGCCGCGGGGGAAAAAGAAGUCGCAGACAAGACUGCUCCUUCGGUCACCGCUGCUGACGAAGAGAUUACUCUCGAGACGGCUCUGAAACGCUGCUUGUUCUGCAACUAUGAGUCUCCUUCGAUUGAGCUUAACGCUGCGCAUAUGGAGCGCAUUCAUAGCAUGUUUAUCCCUGAGCGAAAUUACUUGGUUCAGCUUGACGGUCUGAUCGGCUAUCUGUAUGAAAAGAUCACAGAAUUCCACGAGUGUCUGUAUUGUGGCAAGCUCAAGCCUACUGUAUUCGGUCUCCAGACCCAUAUGAGAGAUAAGGGACAUUGCAAGAUUCCAUUCGACACCGAGGAUCAGCAGCUAGAGAUCGGGGAGUUCUACGACUUCACGAGUACUUAUUCUGAUGUUGAGGAUGAGUCAGACGAAGAGGAUGAAUUGCCAGGAAAGAAGCAGAGUGGUGGUGUGAAACUGGAUGCUAAGCGAAACGCCAAGGUCGACAAGGAUGGCGACGAAGAAAUGGAAGACGGAGAUGGUUGGGAGACAGACAGUUCCGAGUCAUCUCUGGAUUCCGACGACCUUACCGCAGUCCCAGCUGGCCGUGAGCACCAAUAUAAGAAACUCGAUCAACAUCCUCACCACUCCCACGACGAUCCUCGGCCUCACCGAAACAAGGACGGUUGGCAUUCACAUGCACACAAGCACACUCAUGCAGUCUUCUACUCGGAAUACGAGCUUCACCUGCCCUCAGGACGUACCGCUGGUCACAGAUCUUUGAAUAAAUACUAUAGACAGAAUCUCGUCAACCAUCCCUCGCCCGCGGAAAGACAAGAGCAGCUCGCUAUCGAGGCCACUGCCAGUUCUGAGGAAGAGCAGGAUGAGAGAAUUAUCCGUCUCAACGAGAGAGAGCGUGGCCGAGCCUUGAUCAGCCGUGCAAACGGUGGACUUGGCAUGGCUGGUGUCAGUGCGGAGAAACGCAAGGAGGUUAAAGUUCUUGAGAAGCGAUCUAGAAGAGUCGGGGAGCGGGCCGCCAGACAAUACCAAUGGCACGUCAAUAAGCAGAACAACUCCCAAAAGCAUUUCAGGGAUCCUCUCCUCCAGUGA